CUUUUGAAUGAUAGUCAUUUGCCGGUCGCCUCUUCUUCAAGUGUGCAGCUACUACAGUCCUUUGGAGUAACAUUGAUUUCAACAGAAGGUGCGAGUGGAUAGCUACAUGUAGACCAGAUAUGCUGAAUUGUACAUGUGUACCAAAUGUUCUAAAUGUUCACGAGAAGGGUCUGACCUCUUUUCACACAUACAUAAAGGCCAUACGGUUACGAGCUGAGUCACAACACAGCUGAGAGGGAAACGCCUGAGUACUUGCAUAUCAUCUGUUUUGUGAGGUUCCACGUAAAAGGAUGAUGGGAACAGAACUGCUGCCGGAGAUUCCAAGCGUCUUGCUGCUGGUUGUUGUGGCGGUGGUCUCACUGUGGUGGUUGUCAACACGACGGCCAUCAGGAGUGCCUCCAGGACCUGGCUUUACUCUUCCGGUGCUGGGUCAUCUGCAUCUUUUGAGGUCAGAUCCCCGUCAAACAUUUGCAGCAUGGCGGCGACAGUACGGUGAUGUGUUCAGUCUGUACAUGGGCAGCCGCCUGGUGGUGGUGCUCAACGGUUACAAGGUCAUCAAGGACUCGUUGGUCAAACACGCCGACGCCUUUUCGGACAGACCACACUUUCCUGUGUUAGACAGCAUUAAGAGUAAAGGUCAGAGAUGGAAUGGGAAAUAUUUUUACCCAAUAUCCUUUACGCUUUUCCGGUCCUAUAUGGAAAGCUCAAAGAAAGACGACUUAGAGAUUCUACGAGAAUUCGGCAUGGGCAAGAACAUCCUGGCUGAAAAGAUUCAGGAGGAGGUCAUUGAGUAUCUCAAGGCCCUCGCCGGAAAGAAAGGUCAACCCCAGGAACUUACUCGAAUGACUCAGGUCAGCGUGUCUAACAACAUCUGCUCCAUCGUCUUUGGCCAACGUUUCGAGUACGAAGACCCUGUUUUCAAACGAUACAUGCAAGCUGUCGAUGAAAACAUUCAAGGAGGAGGUUCAGUGUCCCUCGUUCAAUCAUUUCCUAUUUUACGGUUCAUUCCUGGUGAUCCGUUUGGAAUGAAAAAGAUGUAUGAAAAUAUCUCCAUGGUUCUGAACACACUUGUGAAACCUUUUGUUGAUCGGCACAUCAAGGACUACGAUGAGAAUUCAGUGGACGACUUUAUUAGCGCUUAUCUCCGGGAGAUUAGAAAAGGGCAGCAGAAACCAGUGGCUGAGUUUGUCAACGAGGUAAACCUGUGGAAAGUUAUCCUCGACUUGUUCGGGGCGGGAACCGAGACAACAUCGACAUCUAUCCGCUGGACCAUCGCCUACUUCCUUCAUCACCCUGACGUGCAGGACAAGUGUUACGAGGAGAUCCGCAGAGUUGUCGGGACUGAGCGAGCGCCCACUAUUCGUGACAGGUCAGACCUACUCUACCUGGAGGCCACCAUCUUGGAAGUCAUGCGCUAUUCUAGCAUCGUUCCUUUCAGCGUUCCACACAGCACCGCGUGUGAUGUAGAAUUCAGCGGGUACAGGAUCCCCAGUGGCACCUACAUCAUCCCUAAUCUGUACUCUGUCCUACACGCCCCGGAAAUCUGGGGAGAUCCCGACAACUUCCGUCCCGAGAGGUUCAUCGGACAAGAUGGCAAACUACUACGAUUUGAAGAAUUUAUUCCGUUUUCACUUGGACGACGAGUGUGUCUGGGGGAGGCGUUGGCGAAGAUGGAGCUGUUCUUGUACCUGGCCGCCAUGAUACAGCGCUUCCGCUUUCUGCCACCGGAAACUGGAGAGCUGCCAUCUUUGCAGGGAAAUCUUGGAAUUGUGGAAACUCCAAAACCCUAUAUGGUUCGUGCUGUCCCCAGGGAAUGAAAUAAUGGCACGACAGCCCAACUUGGAAGGAAAACCAACAGCAAUUACUAUGGAAUAAAUUUAUUAAAAAAAAGACAUGAAAAAGAUAUUGGUGGAAUACAGUUCACAUAAGAUGUUAAGAACUAUGCUGGAACUGUACGAACUUCGUUAAUUACAUUUGAUUAAAUCUGUUUAUGUGUACUGACAACAUGUAAAUUAUUUCACAACAAUAGUUUUAUGUGAAGAGCUAUGUAUAUGAUAAGAAAGAACAAGAAGAUAAAUCUUUAAAGAAUUAUAUUUUAUUUUGUCAUGUUGCAAAUAUAAACGAUAAAAUGUU